UGCGGCGCCCGCGGGGCCCAGCCCCUCACCUGGACGGGGCGCGGCCGCCGAGCGCUCUGGGGGGCGGGGGCCGUGGCGCUCGGCACCGCGCGGCGCUCCGGGAAGGAGUGCGGGUCGCCGGGUCGGACUCGCAGCUCUGCCAGGUUGCCGACGGUCACGGACUGCGGGGACACGGAGAAAAUGAAAACACUAGCAGAAAGGAGAAGGAGUGCUCCAUCUCUUAUCCUGGAUAAAGCCCUACAGAAACAGCCUAGCAUCAAGGAAAGUCCUUCUGCUAGUGUGGACACAUGUGCAUUUCUGUCAUCAUUUGUGUGCUCUAGUAGGACUUUACUAAUUGAUGGCCGGGCAGAACUCAAAAGAGGCCUGCAGAGGCAGGAGCGGCAUCUUUUCCUGUUUAAUGAUUUGUUUGUUGUGGCCAAAAUCAAAUAUAAUAACAACUUUAAGAUAAAAAAUAAAAUAAAAUUAAGUGACAUGUGGACUGCAAGCUGUGUGGAUGAAGUGGAAGAAGGGAACACCAAUGCCAUGAAAUCCUUUGUACUGGGCUGGCCCACAGUGAACUUUGUGGCUACUUUCAGUUCCCCAGAACAAAAGGAAAAAUGGCUCUCUCUCCUUCAGAGAUACAUCAAUCUAGAGAAAGAGAAGGACUACCCGAAGAGCAUUCCCCUCAAAAUCUUCGCCAAGGACAUUGGGAAUUGUGCCUAUUCUAAAACUAUAACAGUAAAAAAUUCAGAUACAGCAAGUGAAGUCAUCAACAUGUCACUACCAAUGCUAGGGAUAACUGACUCUGGGAGAGAUUACCAGUUAUGGGUCAAUUCUGGUAAAGAAGAAGCCCCAUACCCACUUAUUGGGCAUGAAUAUCCCUAUGGAAUUAAAAUGAGCCAUCUUCGAGACACUGUGCUCCUGACACAGGGAUCAAAGGACUCCACAACUCCUUCCAGCCUCCAAGAGCCCUUCCUCAUGGAACAGCUGCCCCAAGAGAUGCAGUGCCAGUUCAUCCUGAAGCCCAGCCACCUGGCUGCAGCCCAGCAACUGAGCGAUUCAAGUCAGAAGACAUUUAAAAGAAGAAGGUCUCUCAUAAGCUGGGCCUUCUGGCGGGGUUCCAGCACUCACCUGGAUGACUUGCCCAUGUCCCCAACAUCUCCUACACCAGGACGGCUCUUUGGAGUUUCUCUCCCAAAUAUUUGUGAGAAUGACAAUCUGCCCAAACCUAUCUUGGAUAUGCUUUUCUUUCUUAAUCAAAAAGGACCCCUCACAAAAGGCAUCUUCAGACAAUCAGCCAAUGUGAAAUCCUGCAGAGAGCUAAAAGAGAAACUGAAUUCUGGAGUUGAAGUACACCUAGAGUGUGAAUCUAUUUUUGUGAUAGCAUCUGUCUUAAAGGAUUUCCUACGAAAUAUUCCAGGAAGUAUUUUUUCAUCAGAUCUCUAUGAUCACUGGGUCUGUGUACUGGAUCAAGGAAAUGAUGAAGAGAAAAUAAAUACAAUUCAAAGGCUAUUAGACCAGCUUCCGAGAGCCAAUGUUGUUCUCCUAAGGUAUCUUUUUGGGGUAUUACACAACAUUGAACAACAGUCCUCUUCCAAUCAGAUGACUGCAUUUAAUUUAGCAGUGUGUAUCGCUCCAAGCAUUCUUUGGCCUUCUACUUCCUCCAGCCCAGAACUAGAAAAUGAAUUUACAAAAAAGGUUUCCAUGCUUAUACAAUUCCUGAUUGAGAAUUGCUGUAGGAUAUUUGGAGAAGAAAUCAUUUCCCUCCUGGGAGAGGUUUCAGUGAGAUGUGAUACCAGAGAGAAUGCCUCAGAUACCUCUGGCUUCCAACUGAACGACUCCUCCUACGACAGCUUGGAAAACGAACUGAAUGAGGAUGUCGAUGCUCCAUGCGGCAACCUGGUAAAGAAGCUUGGUCAGGGUAGCAGAAGCAUGGACUCUGUGUUAACCCUCAGUGACUAUGACCUUGACCAGCCUGAGGUGGAAGGCCUUUUAACCCUGAGCGACUUUGACUUAGACCAUUCUAAAGAUGAAGAUGUUCAAAUGGAAAGGCCUCUCAAAUCCAAGCCAGUGAACAUUGCAGUAGUGUACACAAAGGUCCCACUGCGGGAUCGUGCCAGGGCCCCAUGUGGCAUUAGCACACCCAGUUACCUGUCCACAGCUGCAGCAGAUGCCCCAAAAAGCCUGAGGCGACACCGGCGCUGCUCAGAGCCCAGCAUCGACUAUCUAGAUUCCACGCUUUCCUAUCUCAGGGAGUUUUAUCAGAAAAAACUGCGCAAGUCCAGCUGUGAUGCAAUUCUCUCACAAAAAGAUGAGGACUAUCUGAAGCAGAAUCAGUCCCUCCAGGAAGAGGGUAAGAUGUGUUUUAAAAAGAGCUUAGUCACAGACACUGAUACAAAGAAAAAUGCCAGUAAUAAAAAUGUUAAGAAGAAAAGCUUGUCUGGUAGUGAAGGAAAUCAUGUGAAACUUUUCCCUAAAUCCAAGCCAGUGGCCAUUUCUGUGGCAUCUCAUACUAACAUGUCUUCACAUGAUCAUGCCAGGAACCAGCCCUUUGAUGCAGAUAGGUCUGGGUAUUCCCCUCCACAUACAGCAAAUGCUCCCCAGAGUUCCAGGAGGCACCGGCGCUGCUCAGAGCCCAACACAGAUGACCAGCACUGCAAACUGACCUAUCUCAGGGGGAUUUAUUCAAAGAAACAACAUAAAACGAACUGUGAAGCUGGUCUCUUGCAUGGAGAGGAAGAUUAUCUCAAGCGGCACAAGUCUUUGCAAAUGGAAGGGCAAAAGCUAAUUAAUCAGAGCUUGAUCAUGGGAAUUGAGGUGGGCAAGAGUAGUGCCACAAACCAAAACAUUGAGAAGAUUUUACCCCCAAGAUUAAACAUUUGCCCAAGGACUAGCUAUUCCAGCUUGUCCUCCCCAGGCACUUCCCCAUCUGGCUCAUCAGUAAGCUCCCAAGACAGUGCUUUUUCUCAGAUUUCUGAACACUCUGUGUUUACCCCCACUGAAACUUCCUCUCCAAUAGAUUGCACUUUUCAAACUCAAAGAAAACAGGAAAUGCUUUCUUCUGAUUUCAGCAAUUCCAGCUUCAUCUCUGGAAUGCCUGGUCCCUCAUCAGGGCAGGCCAGCAGCCACCUGACUUAUAGAAAAAAAGACGCCGUGGAGUGGCAUUCACAAACACAUUCUGUAACUCUUCACCCCAGCAUGUGGUUGAGGAAUAGUGUGGCCAGUUUGAAAAACUGGUCCCUCAAAAAGAAGGCAAGGGCAUCCAGACCAGAGGAAAAGAAAACGAGUUCUCUAAAAGGACCCCUGGAGCCACCUCCGUAUGCUUCUGGUGUUCCAGAAACUAACUCACUGAAAGAGAGACAGAAAGACAUGCCUGGAAGGGCAGCUGAAGGGCUUGGAGCUAUGCAAACAGCCCAGUGGUGUAGUUCUUAUCCCAGCCAGGACCCAGAGAGACACUGUAGUUCUCCUUUCAGCCUGGUGGACGACAGACUCAAGCUUUGCAUGAGGUCACAUGAGGAAAGAGAGAAUAGUGGGCAGUGCCCUCCGGGUCCUCUCCUUUGUGAAAGCUCUUCACCCAGCUCUCUGACUGUGGGUGAUGUGUCCAGCCCAGACUCAGGGCCUACCAUGGUCUGUGAUGUUGGAGACAGGUAUUUAACCAAAGACAUUUAACCACAGUAAGAAUCUGAUGUCUACAAGAACAGAAACUGGGCUAAUAAUGAUAUAAACACAGUAAUUAUUAUGACCCCUUUGUAUAAAAUACCUAGGAUGGGUAGCAUAGGAAAAAUCAUUGCUAAUACUUAGGACAACAAAGGAAGUCUCUUCAUUUAAACUAUUAGGCAAAAACUUUAGGCAAAAAGAUUUUAUCACCUAAGAGUUUGGGACGCUUUUCCUUAUGAAAGCAUGGGAUUGGUGGUGUCAGGUGUUUUUAGAGGUAGUAGCAGAGGUCCAGAGAAAGCAUCUGCUAAAGAGGAAACAUGCCUUAUGGAAUAUUGGUGUCCUAAGAAGGCCAGGAGAUCAUGAGUGAAAAACAGGAACUGUGGAGGGAGAGAGGGGAUGGGUCCAGAGAAACCAUCCACAUUCCAUGGAAUGGUUUUAACAGAAAGGCAAGAAAAAUGACUCUAAUCAAGGCAUUAAGAAGGAAAGCAUGUCCAGUAAUAAAGAAAAAUAUGAAACAUUUCCUUGAAUCCAAGCCAGUAGUCAUUUCUGUAGUAGCUUAUAGUCAUAUGCUCUCAGUGGGUCAUUCUAGGAAUCAGUCCAUUGAUGCAGCUAGACUGGAAAAAACUAGAGUGAUUCAAGAGCCGUAAGUACCACAAUAUCAUAAUUUUUUGUUAGUUGUGUUUGGUUAAUUUGUCUUUCCAUUCGUGUUGCACUGCUCUGCAAAGGCUCUGAAACACAGCUGUGAGAAGAAGAAAGGAAAUGGCUUCUCAUUUCAAUGUCUUUUCCAUAGGUGCUGUGCUAGAAAUAUUCUCCAGAAAUACAAAUUCCCUUAUAGAAGGUGACCUGACAGCAUUUGCUGUCUUACUGUGGAGGUAAAGAUUAACAACAGCCCUUUCUCUCUUACACAGAAGCUCUUCCAACAUGUAAUCAAAGCAUGGCAUCUUUUUGUUGAAAUGUUUUCUUCAGCCCUGCAGCCAGGAAAAACUACUGAUAUAUUGUCACUUUCUGACUGUUUGGCAGUUGAGAGAGCAGUUUUGAGGUUGGAAGUUCAUAGAGUCACAGAAUAAAAUACCCACCAAAGUAGCUAUCAGGCCUUUUCAGUCACUGGCUAUGGAUUUUAUUACCUCCAGAAAUUUUUACAUACUUUUAUCCCAAAUGAUUCAUGGUUUAUACCCCACUGGUUUAUCCCAUAUCCCUGGCAUUUCUCCUCUCCUCUUGCCUUACACCAGUGUAUCUCCUGGAUUGUCUCCAUGGAUUAUUAGGCAUAAAGGGAUAGGAUCAGGAAUGGGUCUGCAUCUUUCUUUAUUUCAGGUAGUAAGACGUUACUUACAACCAAUUUGUUCUCCUCAGAUGAACCUUUCUUCCACAAACUAGCUUAUUCCAAUGUUUUUCUUGGCUACCAGGAAACUUUCAGGUCAAAUGUUCUUUCCCUGUUGUCCUAAAGGUUGCAUUUUUUCAGUUAUAGAAAAUAAAAUGUUUUAUGUAAGAUAAAAGAAGUCUUUCAGUAUUAGCUAUAGGUGCUACCUACCUCUAGGGAACAUGGCCCUAUUUGCCCUAGCAUUAUAAUUAACUUCUAGAACUCUGUCCAAAGAGCUCAUUCAUGACACUGGCCAUCUCACUCACAGAUGUAAACUACAUUUCUCCUUAUAACCAACCACUCCUAUAGUUAGACUCCUAAGCAUCCAUAUCUUUUGUGGUAUAAUAUAUAAAGGCAACAGGGAUUCCCCUUACCCUUAGGGCAUACUACUGUCAGAACUGCAAGAUGUGAAUGAAGUUCUUCUGGCAUGGUGUGUCUUUCUGGAAGAAAUUGCUCUACUUAACAAAAUAAUAGUUUUUUCUUUCAUAUUGGCAGAUAGAAAAUCAUCCACCCAGUUUGAAGCAUAGAAGAAAAUAGACGCUAAGGUUCCUUAAUAACUAUUCCUAUUCUGUUCCCUUAGAUACUCCUGUUAUACUUAAUGUGAAUAGUUUUUAAUAUUACUUAAUAAUACUUAAUAUUAAGUAUUGUGUGAUUUGAAGACAGACUACAUGUCAUUUUAUUAUACUCUGUCAAUCUAUAAUAUAUUAGACUGAUGCUUUAUCUAAAAUGCUUUGAGUUUGUAUAAUAUAUGUUGAUGAAUUUUACUACCAUAUGUUAUGUAAUAAAUGUGUAUUUUUGUACUUGCAGAAACUGCUGCUAACUUUUAAAGUUGUUUGGUUUUCAAAGCACUGAUAAUGAAUAUGUAUGAGGUCAAUGAUGUCUAUUAAAUACCAUUCUUCAGAGUUAACAAUCCUACCAGAGCAAUAUUGCCCAUUGUAGAAUUUUUGCUUAACAUUGGAAAUUUCAUUGACUAUAAUGUUGAAUUGGAACUUUGAACUUUUACUCAUAGACCAUGGCCAGUCUUUCUAGAAAAAGGAUUUUUUUAUAUAUAAUCUUACCACUUACUAAGCAAGUCAUGAUUUAGACACAGAAGUGUUCAUUUUCUUAGGCAUUCUGUUUUCACUGUGUACCUAUAAUAAGAUAUAGUCUAUAGUCUCAUAUCAAAAGAAUUAGCAACCCAAUUUAAUUGGUUGUAUGAGAUUUUAUCUAAAUUUGAACCAUUCUAACCAGAGUACACAGUUGGCCCCAGACACAUCUGGACAUUCUAAGAUAUCUGGACCCAGACACUCCAAGAUAGCAGUAUUUAUAAGAUCAUAAAAACAUUUAAUAUUUCUGAUUUCUCAAGACUGCUGCAUCUUUGUCCUCUCAAAGUUCAUUGAGGUUCACUCUGUGUAAGUUUAGCCACCAUUUAUUCCAAAGAGAUUCCAAAAAAUAUACUACCUUAGUCCAGAAGAAAAUGAUUUACUUUAACCAAGCAUUGAAGACCGGAAGUGUCAAAAGUGUCACUGAUUAGAUUUGGGCAAUGUACACAUACACUGGUGUUAAUUUAAUUUCUUCUUAAAUUUUACAGAAAUACAAAAAUAAUUUUGAUUUUAAAAGAACCAAUCUACUAAAAACACUGGAUUCAAGAAAUUAUCUCACAUUGUGUUUUUCUACUUUUCAUGGAAUAAUAAAGUAUCCUUGAACCAAUGGCACAUUUUAUUGAGAAGAAGCUCUCAUAUUACAUAUCUUAAUACAAAGUAUGGUAGUAAAUAUUUAAGUGAUAUUUUCCUGCCUGGUCAUGUUUUCAUGACUUGAAAGGAAGCCUGCAAACUGCUUAUUUCAAUACAAAGAAAAAUCUGAAUAAUAAAGUUGGGUAAAACAUAACUUUCUUUAAUGUCUAUUCUGGUUAUGAGACUAUCUGAUAAACUAAGUAUGCUGCUGAAAAGAAUACUCCUGAGUUCUAUGUUAUCCCAAUAUGGGUCCUA